GGAGGAAGUCUGCAAAAAUCUGGUCUGUGAUCACAGGCUAAGAUGUUAUCUAACGAAGCCAGAAACCAACUGUCUCCUCCAGAGAUGUGUGAGGGCCUGUCAGUAUCUAAUAUUUUCCCUCAAGACACAGUGGAUGUCAUUUGAAAGACAUUCUUUGAGUGGCUACCAGGGAUCAGGCAGAGGGGGAAUAGACAUUAUAAGAGCCAUGGAUUACUACAGAAAAUAUGCAGCUGUCAUCCUGGCCAUAUUGUCUGUGUUUCUGCAAAUUCUCCAUUCCUUUCCUGAUGGAGAGUUUACAAUGCAGGGCUGCCCAGAAUGCAAGCUAAAGGAAAACAAGUACUUCUCCAAGCUGGGUGCCCCAAUCUAUCAGUGCAUGGGCUGCUGCUUCUCCAGAGCGUACCCAACUCCAGCGAGGUCCAAGAAGACAAUGUUGGUUCCAAAGAACAUCACCUCGGAAGCCACAUGCUGUGUGGCCAAAGCAUUUACCAAGGCCACAGUAAUGGGAAAUGCCAGAGUGGAGAACCACACCGAAUGCCACUGCAGUACUUGUUAUUAUCACAAAUCUUAAAUAUUUUGCAGAGGGCCUUGUUGAUGACUGCUGAUUUCUCAAAAUGAAAAAUUAAUUUGUUCAGUGUCUAUGGCUUUGGGAGAUAAAACCCUCGCUUUUCUUUACCAUACCAUCUUUUACACGCUUUAAGAAUGUGCUGCAGCUUUAUUGCUUUUCUCUUUAUCCUACAAUAUAAUCGGCAGUCUCGCUCUUUUCAUUUGGAACGAAAUGCAGCAUUUAGCAUGACCAUAAAGCUGGUUCUGCUGGAAAUAAAGUCUUUUAAAUCAUC